AUGGCUCUUUCUUCACUCCCACUUGGCUUCACUAAAAUGCUUCUUCCUCUGCAAAGCAAGUCAUAUCCAACUCCUCAAUGCAAGCCAUUAUCAAAUAAACUUUCUAAUAACUGUCAAAGAAAUCUUCGUCGAUCUGCCAAUUUCAAACCUUCAAUUUGGACUUACGAUUAUAUUCAAUCCCUAAGCAGUGAAUAUAAGGAAGAAAAGUACAUAGAGCAAGGGAGAAUGCUAAGGGAAGAAGUAAGGACGAUGCUUGGAAGACUGGAAAAUCCACUUGAUCAACUUGAGCUUAUUGAUGUAUUGCAAAGGCUUGGAAUUGAUUAUCAUUUUGGCAAUGAAAUAAAAAAUAUAUUGGACAAUGUUUACCAUUCGGAUGCAUUCAGGAGAGAGAAAAAUUUAUAUGCCACAGCACUUGAGUUCAGACUCUUAAGGCAACAUGGUUAUGAUAUCUCUACAGAUGUGUUUGUUUGCUUUCAAGAUGAAGUGGGUAAUUUCAAGAAGAACCUAUCUGUUGAUGUUGAGGGAAUGCUAUCACUUUAUGAAGCCUCAUUUCAUUUAAUGGAAGAAGAAAGUAUAUUGGAUGGGGCAAGAGAUUUCACCUCACAAUUUCUAAAAGAAUAUUUGAAUCAAAAUAGAGGUGACCACAUUUCACUUUUAAUCAGUCAUGCUUUGGAGUUUCCAUUACAUUGGAGAAUUCAUAGAUGGGAAGCUCCGUGGUUCAUCAAUGCAUAUGAAGGAAAGCCAAACAUGAGUUCUGUUUUACUUUUGUUAGCUAAAUUGGAUUUCAACUUUCUUCAAGCUAUCUACCACAAUGAAUUGAAGUAUACAUCAAGGUGA